CUCUACUUGUGUUGUGUUCUCACCAUGAACUUCAACAGCUGGAACUGGUUCUGGAGUGUUUGUUUCGGAGUGAUAGCAUUUGUAAUCAUUAUUAGUAACUCCUUGUCAAUCGCAGUUCUUGUCAAGCGAAGGUUUCGCAAACGUUCUCUUUACCUGUUAAUCGAUUUGGCAAUAGCUGAUCUCUUAGUUGGAUUAUUUGCAGUACCGAUUUAUAUGAUUACAGUCAUCUCUGAAGGCAAACACGUGCCACUAGUCGCUCUUGAUAGUGUCGAUAUGUUUACUGGUCUCUCCUCCAUUUUCACAUUGACUGUUAUUUCUUUUGAAAGACUCUUUGCUAUCAGUCGGCCACUUCGUCAUCGGCAGUUAUCCUCACACAGCUACGUCAUUGCCAUAGCAACGCCAUGGAUCCUCUCCCUCGCGGUGACUUCAGUUCGAGUGUUUCAGCACUAUUCAAUCGUGACAAAUCACCAUGUCGAUAUGUUUACAGGUCUCUCCUCCAUUUUCACAUUGACUGUUAUUUCUCUUGAAAGACUCUUUGCCAUCAGUCGGCCACUUCGUCAUCGGCAGUUAUCCUCACAUAGCUACGCCAUUGACAUAGCAACGCCAUGGAUCCUCUCCCUCGCGGUGACUUCAGUUCGAGUGUUUCAGCACUAUUCAAUCGUGACAAAUCACCAGUUUUUAUCAGUUAUUAUUAUCAGUUUGUCGACUCCUUUGCUAAUAACGUGCACUUCUUACUGCGUCAUCUGGCGUAAGCAGACUUUCCGCAUACAUAACGGAGUAAGGGCGAGGAGAGAGACGAGGCUGUCUAAGACAUUGUUUUUGAUAACAGGAACAUUUGUGUUGACUUGGCUACCAUUUCAAGUUCUGCUAGUUCUAGUAAAUAUGUGUGUGCCGUGUACAAAAAUGCACAUUGUGGUCUUUUUUGUUUUUAAACUCCUUCAGUUCAGUAAUUCGUUUAUAAAUUUUUUGAUUUAUUGUCUAAGAAUGCCAGAUUAUAGAAAAGCUGUUUCACAAAUAUUUCAUUGCUAAUGCCGCGGUCACUCCAAUAAUCCCGAGGUUAAUACGUUAGGCGAUAGCCGAACAAAUAUCGUACUAAUACACUUCUCAAGUGCACUGUCUUUAUAUAAUGUUCCAGGAACUCAUGCCAUGAUUAAUGCAGCUGAUAUAAUGCGAUUGUAACGCUUGGAGAAAUAAAUAUCUGGUAGAUUUUUUCGAGUUUAAUUUAUGAAUAGCAACUACUGUGAGCAUGUUACUUGUUCACGGUUUUAACAAAAGUAAAAUUGCUACCGCGAUAUUUUGUUAUCUAACAUAUCUUUCAAGCGUUGGAUAGAUAUGAAGUAAUAAAUAACCGUUCACAGUUGAUUAUCAUCUUGUGUGCAACGCCAUUUAAUAGGACUCCCACUGGUUUCACAGAAUAGGGGAAGAUGGGCAAUUUUAACCCGCGUUCGCAGGAACAUAGAGUUCAAGGGAACAUAUGCAUGAAACAUGCAUUUCCUGGGGAUCACGGGAACAAGCCCUCUGCAGGGUAGGGCAAAUAAAAUCGAAAUGAACGGCGUAAAAGGUACCAGAAUCUCGCGACAUUGUCUCUGCUCCCAUGACAUCAAUGAGUCAUCAGCAUU